UGUGAGUGUGUUACUGUGUGUGUGUGUGUGUGAGUGAGUGAGAGAGAGAACGGACGUAAGCAGGAUCAGCGGAAGAAGACACGGAUUCAGGCUUCCAGUGGCAACCGAAAGCGCUUUAUAAGAACCUGGGAAAGCCUUGGAUUUAAAAAAGAAAAAGAUCUUCUCACUUGGUCUGCACCGAAGAUCUCGAGAUCCUGGCAUGUCAUAUGGUUCUGGUGUAUAGUCUAUAGUGUCGAUCUGCAAUCCGAAAGCCGCUUUGAGAUCAAAGUUGAUCGCCACCCGGAGUGUGUGUGUGUGUGGGUGUUCAGGUGUGUUUUAUUAUAACCGGAGUGUGUCGUGUGGACAAGCGACGAUGUUGCUCGACUCGUGAGACUCACACCUUGUCACACACAGACCGACUUCAGAGAUAUUUGACUUCCUACAAAUGCCGUGUUCCUGAUGGCUGCAGAAAACUGACCCAUCGUCACACGACUGAAGACAAAGGGAAGUGAGCGGACAUUGUUCAUCGCCCACGUGGGGCUGAACGUACAAGCAAAAAAAAUAAAAAGGUAUAAUGACUUCCAGAGAGCGCCGCUCAGAGCUGCAUAUAAAGGCUGAGCCCAGCAGUCCUGAGGGUGGAGGAGGCGGCGGGCGGACGAGCCCUGGCGGUGUGUCUUCUGAUUCCUCUCACAGUGGUGGAGGGGGCAUUCGGGGGGAAGGAGCUGUCCGUUAUUCCUCACCCGUAUACAGCCCGGCACUGCGCUGCCACUUUAAGGAGGACGGAGCCGAUGGUGCGGACGAGGGCUCUACAGGCAGCAGCGGGGGGCGCUGCAAAUAUGCCUUGAGCACUCUUCCUAAGAGGCUUUGCCUUGUAUGUGGAGAUGUGGCCUCUGGGUACCACUAUGGUGUGGCCUCCUGCGAAGCCUGCAAGGCGUUCUUUAAGAGAACUAUCCAAGGCAACAUUGAAUACAGCUGUCCGGCAUCUAACGUGUGUGAGAUCACUAAGAGACGCAGGAAGGCCUGUCAGGCAUGUCGCUUUACAAAGUGCCUCAAAGUCGGCAUGCUCAAAGAGGGAGUUCGUCUGGACCGGGUCAGAGGAGGGAGGCAGAAGUACAAGAGGCGGCCGGAAGUGGAGAAUGCUAUGUACCAGAGCACACCAAUACCUGUAAAGAAAGAAGGGGAAAGAGGCUCCCCCAGCAUCAUCGUAUCUCAUCUGCUGGUCGCCGAGCCUGAAAAGCUGUUCGCCAUGCCGGAUCCGUUGCAGCCAGACACCGCUCAGCGCACGCUCACCACGCUGUGCGACCUUGCUGACCGUGAGCUGGUCGUCAUCAUCGGCUGGGCCAAGCAUGUCCCUGGCUUCCUCUCUCUGUCCCUGGCUGACCAGAUGUCUGUCCUGCAGUCCGUAUGGUUGGAGGUGCUCGUCCUUGGGGUGGCGUAUCGCUCUCUGGGCUGUGAGGAUGAAGUGGUGUUUGCUGAAGACUUCGUGCUGGAUGAGGAAAUGUCGCGCGUGGCCGGCUUGACCGAGCUCAAUGCUGCCAUCUGCCAGCUGGCACGGCGCUUCAGGGCUCUGCAGCUGGAGCGUGAGGAGUUUGUCAUGCUAAAGGCCAUCGCACUCACUAACUCAGACUCCGUCUACAUAGAGGACAUUGAGGCUGUGCAGAAGCUGAGGGAUCUCCUGCAUCAGGCUCUGUUAGAGCUGGUGGUCCAGCAGCGUCCUGAAGACCAACAGCGGGCCGGUCGUCUUCUCCUCACGCUGCCCCUACUCCGGCAAACAGCCAACCGCGCACUCACCACUUUCUACAGUAUCAAGACCCGCGGAGGCGUGCCCAUGCAUAAACUCUUCUUGGAGAUGCUGGAAGCCAUGAUGGACUCCCCCUAGUGUGAGGUACACCAGAUGAACAACUGGUCAGCCAAAAAAAAAAAAGGAGAGUUUUUUUUUUUUGUUUUGUUUUCUUAUAAAAGCAUGUGACUGAAAGGCGAGUCAAGAAUCCCUUCGCAUCUCACUCGUAUAUGAAAGCGUGAUGAUCAGCAGGAAAGGCAAUCUCUCGUUCGUCUGAUUGGACUUAUUUCUCACCGUACAAUAUUAGCGUUAAUCACACAGUUUGCUAUCGAUUGAUUUAACAAAAUGGGACUUUCCAUUAGUAUCAUAUUUUAGGGGCUGCAGUGUUGCAAGGAGAUGAUGUUCAGUUACUGUUAUGUGAAAUCUCCUUCGCCUGCAGCACCCCCUUGUGAGCCUAUAGCCAUAUUAAACACCACACAAAUCCA